AUGGGCCCGGGGCCCCGGGGCGCGGGCCACCCGCCUCGCCGCCGGCGGUCGCUGCUGCCGCUGCUGCUGCUGUUGCUCGGCCUGGCCCGCGGCGCGGCCGGAGCGCGGGGCGCGGACGGUUUAGACAUCUGUGCCACGUGCCACGAACAUGCCACUUGCAAGGAAAGAGAAGGGAAGAAGAUGUGCAUUUGCAAAUAUGGAUUUGUGGGCAAUGGGAGGACUCAGUGUAUUGAUAAAAACGAGUGCCAGUUUGGGGCCACUGUGGUCUGUGGGAACCACACAUCUUGCCACAACACGCUUGGAGGCUUCUAUUGCAUCUGCCUAGAAGGAUAUCGAGCCACAAACAACAACAAGACAUUCAUUCCCAAUGACGGCACCUAUUGCGCAGACAUAGAUGAGUGUGAGGUGUCCGGCCUGUGUGGGCAGGGAGGACGGUGUGUGAACACUCAUGGGAGCUUUGAAUGCUACUGUAUGGAUGGAUACUUGGCAGAGAGUGGCCCCGAGCCUUUCCACCCGACCAGAGAUGCCACGUCAUGCACAGAAAUAGACUGUGGCACUCCUCCUGAGGUCCCAGAUGCCUAUAUUAUAGGCAAUUAUACCUCUGGGCCUGGCAGCCAGGUUCGUUAUGCUUGCAAAGAGGGGUUUUUCAGUGGCCCCGAAGAUAUAGUUUCAAGCUGCACAGCCUUGGGCACAUGGGAGUCCCCCAAAUUAAACUGCCAAGAGAUCAGCUGCGGCCGCCCUCCGGAAGUGCAGCAUGCGUCCCUGGUGGGGAAUCACAGCUCCGGCCUGGGCAGUGUGGCUCACUACGCCUGUCAAGAGGGCUUCGAGAGCCGCGGAGGAAAGAUCAUGUCCGUUUGCACCGAGGAAGGCACCUGGAGAGAAAGCACUUUGACAUGCACAGAGAUAAUUACAGAAAUUAACGAUGUGUCCGUGUUUAAUGGCACCUGUGUGAGGUGGCAGACAAACCCGGGAAGAGUGACCCCUGGCAUCCUAUAUGUGAUACACGUGAAAGGUCACCGGGCAGACCAGAUAGAACCAGCUCAUGAGGAGACAGUCAACCUGACCGCAGACAGCAGUACCCCACACGUGUGCCUAGACCUGCACCAAGGCACCAACUACACCGUGACCAUCUCCACUGCCCCUCCCAGACGCUCCGUGCCAGCCGUCAUUGUGUUCCAGACAGCAGAUGAUCUCUUAGAAGAUGAUGGAAUUUUCAAUGUCUCACUAUUUAAUGAAGCUUGUUUGAAACUGAAUAGGCAUUCGAGGAAAGUUGGAUCAGAACAAACGUACCAAUUUAAGAUUCUGGGCCGAAGGUGGUAUCUGAGUGAUUUUUAUCACACGGCAUCAUUUAACUUCACGACGGGGGAACGAGCUCCGGUAGUGUGUUUAGACCUGUAUCCGGCGACUGAUUACACGGUGAAUAUCACCCUGCUGGGAUCGCCCGAGCAGCACUCAGUGCCAAUAAUGAUAACAACUGCACCUACAGUUAAACAGACCAUCAGCAAUGCUUCAAUAUUUAAUGAAACCUGCUUGAGAUGGAGAAACACGAAGACAGCAGGCAGAAAGGAAAUGUAUUUACUCCACAUUCAGGGCCAGAGAUGGUAUCAGAAGGAGUUUGCCCAGGAAAUCACCUUUAAUAUCACUACCAGCAGCCAGGCUCCGGAGAUGUGCUUGGACCUGCGUCCCGGUACCAACUACAGUGUCAACAUUGGUGCUUGGUCUUCUGUCCUUCCUGAGGUCAUCUCCCUAACAACCCAGAUAACAGAGCCUCCCCUCCCGGAAGUAGAUUUUUUCACUGUGCACAGAGGGCCUCUUCCGCGCCUGAAGCUGAGGAAAGCCAAGGAAAGCAACGGGCCUAUCAGUUCCUACCAAGUGUUAGUGGUGCCUCUGGCCCUCCAAAGCACGUUUUCUUGUGAUUCCGAAGGGGCGACCUCAUUCUUUAGCAAUACUUCUGAUACCGAUGGCUACGUGGCUGCAGAACUACUGGCCAGGCAUGUUCCAGAUGAUGCCAUGGAGAUAUCCAUCGGAGACAGGCUGUAUUAUGGGAAAUAUUAUAAUGCACCCUUGAAAACAGGGAAUGAUUAUUGCAUCAUAAUACGAAUCACAAGCGAAUGGAAUAAGGUGAGAAGAUGCUCCUGUGCAGUUUGGGCUCAGGUGAAAGCUUCGUCAGUCACGCUGCAGCAGAUGGCAGGCGUUGGGCUGGGCUCCGUGGUUGUCGUGA